UGAAUGUGCGUGUCUCUGUGGGAGUGUCCGUGUGUGCAUAUGUGUGUCUCCAUGCCUAACUGUAUUUAUGACUGUAUGUUUGUAUGUAUGUUUGUAUGUGUUUAUGCCUGUAUGUUUGUAUGUGUUUAUGCCUGUAUGUUUGUAUGUGUUUAUGCCUGUAUGUUUGUAUGUGUUUAUGCCUGUAUGUUUGUAUGUGUUUAUGCAUGUAUGUUUGUAUGUGUUUAUGUCUGCAUGUUUGUAUGUAUAUUUGUAUGUGUUUAUGCCUGUUUGUUUGUAUGUGUUUAUGCGUUUAUGCCUGUAUGUUUGUAUGUGUUUAUGCCUGUAUGUUUGUAUGUGUUUAUGCCUGUAUGUUUGUAUGUAUGUUU